UAUCUAUAUGCGGAAUAGUCCUGAAGGACAAGAAAAAGAGACGAAAUGGAAUUAAGAGAGACGGCUUGAAUACUUCGGCGUCGUUUACAAGCAUCGGCAGGGAGACACUUGGCUUGGAAUCCGUCUCGUUGCUUUUGGUGUAGAAGAAAUAGAGAUGAAACUGACGUCCAGCUUGUUAAGACGAAUAGGAGAAUGGUCAAAGAAAUAUGCAAAUCUACCGGACAGUUACAUAGAACGAUCUAUGAGACAGGUUUACUGGAAGACACCUCGUAAGCCAAAUUAUCUGCCACGUACAAUCGAAAGAAAACGAUUUCAUUUUUCUAUACAUCGUCCGUGGACUACUCAAUUUCAUAAAGAUAAUGCGCCUCAUGCAAAUCAUUCAUUCAUUUAUGUUGAGCCUAUUAAGGAUUGGAGCUUCUUCCGAGGUGAUAGGGUAGAAGUUUUAGUAGGUAAAGAUAAAGGAAAGCAAGGGAUUGUAAAAGAGAUUUAUCAAGAAAGAAAUUGGGUAAUUGUUGAAGGACUUAAUACAAAGAUGACAGCUACUAUGAAGAGUAAAAAGUUUCCUGGUAUAUACACACUGCAAGAACAACCACUAUUAGUAACUUCGCAAGUGCAAUUAGUCGACCCUUCAGAUAUGCAAGGAACUCCAAUAGAAUGGCGGUACACGGAGGAUGGCCAACAUGUACGCGUAUCUGUGAGAACUGGUAGAGUAAUUCCUAUUCCAAUUUCGAGUCAAGAAACGAAAGAUUACAAACAUCCUAAGUUAUAUCAAGAGCAACCAAAAGAUACAAUCAAAGCUGAUGUGGAAAAGAUAACUUUUGAACCAGCAUUAAAGACUUUCGAGAUGGACAUCAUGGAUGAAAUGGGCAUUAAGGAAGAUCGUGUUCCAAAGAAAUUUUAUUGGUAUUAAUUAUUGUUAUAUACAAUUCGCUGUUAUUUUCAAUGUACAAUUAUAGUAUUUAAUAAAUAUAUUAAGCGAACAAAGAA